UUAAUUUUUACCUCCGCUCAUCUUUUCAUCUGUCCGUUAUGUCGGGCUCUAUGCUGCCGGAAUGGAAGCAACUCCUCCUGGAGCGAAAGAGAAGAGAGGAGAAGGAGAGAGAGAAAAGGGAACGAGAGGAAGAGGAGAGACUGGCCAGCCUGCCAGCCUGGAAACGAGGGAUCAUUCAGCGCCGCAGGGAAAAGCAGGAAGGUGGAGGAGUGAAGAAGAGAGAAAAAGCGAUAGAAGCAGGACGAGAGUUAGAAACCGAGACCGUUGAACCCGUCUGGAAAAAUUUUAGUUGUUCGCAAAAUGGUUUCGCAAAAGAGAAGCAGAGGAAAGAACUGGAGAAAGGGAACAAUGAAGGAAAGAGACAAAGAGAGAGCAGAAAUGAGUGGAUAAGUGGACAGGAAAAAGAGAGGUACAAUGAGAGAGAAGACAACAGUGGUAAAUGGAGGGAUAGAGAGAUAGAGCAGGAAAGAAAAAGAGAGAGAGAGAUAAUUAAAGGCAUGAAUAAAAGAGAGAGUGAUGAUGAGAGAGGAAGGAAAAUAGGGAAGAGAGAUGAUGACUGCGUCCAUCUCAUUUCUGGUAUUCACUCCAUUAAAGUAGAAAACAUCAUCAUCAUUAAGAAAAGAAAGAAGGUAGAAAAGGACGGACAGAGAGACACUGAGGAAGGAAAGAACUUGGACCUGAAGAGGAUUCUGCCUGGUGGAGAAAAUGUGACUGAGAUCUGUGUGUCAGAUUUACUGAUCAUCAAACCAUCUAUGAAAGAAGAAAGGAGCAAGAAAGACAGGAAGCAAGGGGAUGAAAAUGAAAAGAAAUUGACAUUAGGAGAGGAAAUGAAAAGAGAAUGCAGAAAUGUGAGCCAGCUGAUCAGUAAAUUUGGUGAGAACUGUAAACUUCCCUGCAGGUCUAAAAGCAGUGACUGCUUCAUCCAUAAGGAAAUGGGGGGAGAGGUUAUAAAGGAGGAGAGAAACAAGCGGGAGAGAAAAGAGGAAUGUAGAACAGAAGGAAGUGAAAAUAUGUUUCGAAGAGUACCGGAGCGUUCGUUUAGUUUCUCAGAGCAAGUGAGUAAGGAGAGAAAUGAUUCUAAAGACAUGAUAAGUGGAGAAACAGAGAUGGAGGAGAUACAGAAGGAUGGAAAGGAUAGAGAACAGAAAGAGAAUGGAAGAGAAUUCCAACAUGAAUCGCAGAAGGUUGUGAAAGGUGGGCAGACAAUGACACCAAUUUCACAGUCUAUGGUAAAGUUCUUAGAUGAGAUAGAAUCACAGAGCAACAGAGAGGAGCGAGGGAUGAUCUGGAAUGAUGCAGAACAUCACAGAGGAGAGAUCCUCAUCCCUAGAUCUGUAUUUUAUGGGAUCGGUGAGCAGAGCUUCUCAAAGAACGACAGGGAUGAAAUAAGAUGGGUGGAGAGGAGGUUGAGCUGGAAGGCUGGGAGAUCUUUGACCAGAGUGGAGUCUCUAAAACAGAGAAUAUGGCAGAAAGAGAGAGGAGAAACAGAAGGAGGUGAUGAACGAGCUAGAAAGGCUGAGAUGCAGAGCAGACAGGAAGUGGCCUCACCGCAGUCUGUCAGUCAGUUUGACGUCACAAGGGAAGUAAGUAAAGAGGAACUUCCUGUAUGUGUUCCUCCUUCUCUCUCAGCUGAACAAGUACCCUCAGUUCUCAUAGAGCGACAUGACGGAUUGAUACAAACACCAGAAAGAGAAAAAGAACGAGAUGAGGAUCUGUUGGGGGAAGAUUACAUCCCUCCGUCUCAAUCUUCGACCUCCUCCAGUUCUCCAUCUCCUCCUCUCGGCCACACUCAUCCUGCCAUGAGUCGGAUCUACAACCUGAAGCCUGUAAGCUCCAGGACCGGUGUGUGUAUCACCGAGAGGAACUUGAGCGUCCAGACACACAGUGAAGGAAUGAUAAGGAUACGACCUGGGGGACAGUUUGCAGCUAGUCCUCUGAAAAUCCAGACAGAAUCUUCACUGCAAUCGGUGCAGCGUGAAGUGGAGCAGCUUCAUCUGAAGGAACAGGAAGUCCAGAAAAAAAAUGAUGAAAAGGCCUCGCAGAAACAGAAUGUGUGUGAGACAUGUCAGCCCCAAAACCUUGAUACUGAAAAAAAGCAAACACACACCAUCUUGAAACCUUACUCAGAACCGAGAGUUCAGACGCAACAUCAGCAAAUCAGUACUUCGAUCACAAAGAGCAUAAACACUCAAACAGUACCAAGUGUCUCCUCUUCAGCUACUCCUCUCUUCACCAUCCGGAGCGCUUCUAGGGGCACAGGAAAGAGAGGCGUCACCUUUACCAUCACUCCCAGGAAAUCAGGCUCCUCAGGGACACCUCCUUCUUCUGUCACAGCUCCUAAAGUGUCUUCAUCUUCCAGCACAACUUCUAAAGAACCAAGUAACUUGCCAGAACUGAGUAACAAACGAUAUCCAACUGCAGAGGAGAUUGAAGUCAUUGGUGGUUAUCAAAAACUGGAGAGAUCCUGCUUGUUGAAAAAUCGAGGAUCACCAAAAUUGGUGAGGUUUGAUGACUCUGGCCCAAGUGUGUGUACAUACCCACCGGAGGUGACUGUGGUUGAAGGAGAUGGAAGCAGCGAUGACUGGAGGAGCACGGAGGAGAAACAAGAAGAAAAGGAUGAAGAGUGUAGUUUGGAUGAAAUAAUUGGAACAGGAAGAGGACUGAACAGAGUGCUUCGAGUGGAUGAGUCGUGUAAGCGUUAAUCUCCUGAACCUGAACCUGAUCCUGAUCCUGAACUUGAUCCUGAACCUGAACCCUAACCUGAUCCUGAUCCUGAACUUGAUCCUGAACCUGAACCUGAACCUGAUCCUGAUCCUGAACCUGAACCUGAUCCUGAUCCUGAACCUGAACCUGAUCCUGAUCCUGAACUUAAUCCUGAACCUGAACCUGAACCGGAACCUGAUCCUGAACUUGAUUUUUACAGUUUUGACUGAAUGAGUUGAUUAGAAAUAAUAAUAAUCUGUGUGAAUAAAAUGCUGCCUGCACAUUUAUAAUAUACAAUAAAAGUAUCUGAAAUAGUGUGUAAUUAUAAUGAGACUUAUGAAUAAUCAUUUAUUAUCAUCAAUAAAUUAAUAUAAACCAAUACAGCUUUACAAAGUGCUUUGAUUUGUUUUGGGUUAUGAUAUUUCAUUUGUUUUUCUGGAAUUUGUUUGUUUCUGGGUAAAGUUUAAUACUGCAGUAUUUCUGAUGUAAUUUUGUCUAAUUGUGUUUUAUUUUGUUUGAUUUUAUGGUUCAGGCUUUCAAUAAAGAUGUAAAUCAUCAUGA